AUGGUGAUACCGACGCGGUUUGCUACUAAUGUGAGUAUCACGAAGAAAGUAUUAACGUUGGAAGAUAAACGAAUCCUUUUAAAUAAGGAAAGUUAUCGAAAACAAGUUCAAGAAAGAUUAUCCAAAAUACCGAAAGAAAACUAUAGAAACUUCAGUAUAGUGGCGCAUGUUGAUCAUGGGAAGUCAACUCUUUCCGAUAGACUUUUAGAAUUGACUGGUGUGAUUCAACCUGGUGAAAAUAAACAAGUGUUAGAUAAAUUAGAAGUGGAACGAGAGAGAGGUAUCACUAUCAAAGCUCAAACUGUGUCUAUGAUUUACAAUGAUCCCGAAUCAAAGCAUGAUUAUUUAUUACAUUUAGUUGAUACGCCAGGUCAUGUUGAUUUCAGAGCAGAAGUAUCAAGAUCAUAUGCUUCAUGUGGUGGAGCAUUAUUAAUAGUCGAUGCAUCUCAAGGAGUUCAAGCCCAAACCGUGGCUAAUUUUUACUUGGCUUAUAGUAUGGGAUUGAAAUUGAUUCCAGUGAUAAAUAAAAUAGAUCUUGAUCAAGCAGAUAUCCCUCGUGCAAUGGAUCAAGUUGAAGAAAUUUUCGAACUUCCUAGAGAAGAUUGUAUAUCAGUCAGUGCCAAAACAGGUUUGAAUGUUGAUCAAAUUAUUCCCCUGAUUAUAAAGAAUAUUCCAGCUCCUGUAGGUGUUGAAUCCAAUCCUUUAAAGGCUUUAUUGGUCGAUUCAUGGCAUGAUACUUAUUUGGGUGUAGUAAUGCUUGUUCAUAUAGUAGAUGGAAAAAUCAAAAAAGGUAUGAGACUUUUAUCAGCUAAUUCAGAUAAAGUCUAUGAUGUUAAAGAUGUGGGUAUCAUGUAUCCUGACAUGAUGACUAUGGAUGAGAUUAAAUCAGGACAAGUGGGCUAUAUCGUGCUUGGUAUGAAGAAUCCAAGAGAAGCUCUUGUUGGUGAUACCUUUUUCCAAUAUGGGUUUCAUGAAGGUUUGACCCCAUUACCUGGGUUUGAAGAACCUAAACCAAUGGUUUUCGUGGGUGCCUUCCCAGCUGAUGGUGCAGAAUUCAACGUAAUGGAUGAUCAAAUGCAGAAUCUUGUUUUGAAUGAUAGAUCCGUCACUUUAGAAAAGGAAACAUCAAAUGCCUUGGGUCUUGGUUGGAGAUUAGGAUUCUUAGGUUCUUUACAUGCAUCAGUCUUUAAAGAAAGAUUGGAAAAGGAAUAUGGAGCUAAGAUUAUACUUACAGCUCCAACUGUGCCUUAUAAAGUUGUGUAUAGAGAUGGAACUGAAAAAAUAAUCACCAGUCCUGACAAGUUUCCUGAUUCUAAGGAUGCCAUAAGAGUUGAAAGUUACAUGGAACCAUACGUUCAAGCCAUUAUUACAGUCCCAGAAGAGUAUAUGGGAACCGUCAUGACAUUGUGUACAAAUAAUAGAGGAACUCAAAAAGAAAUAGAAUAUUUAACUACAGGUCAAGUGUUAUUGAAAUUUGAUAUACCAUUAGCCCAAUUAGUUGAAGAUUUCUUUGGUAAAUUAAAAGGUUGUACCAAAGGUUAUGCUUCAUUGGAUUAUGAUGAUGCAGGUUAUAAGAAAUCUGAUAUUGUUAAAAUGGAACUUUGUGUUAAUGGCGAACCCCAAGAUGCAUUAACUACUAUCUUACAUAAAUCUCAAACUCAAGCAAGAGGUAAAGAAUACGUUACUAGAUUCAAAGAAUUUUUAAGAUUUCAAUUAUUCGAAGUUGCAAUUCAAGCCAAGAUUGGUAAUAGGGUUGUUGCUCGAGAAACUAUCAAAGCUAAAAGAAAGGAUGUUACUCAAAAGUUACAUGCUGCUGAUAUUUCAAGAAGAAAGAAACUUUUGGAAAGACAAAAGGAAGGUAAAAAGCAAAUGAAAGCAACUGGUAGAGUUCAUGUUAAUCAUGAUGCUUAUCAAGCAUUCUUACGUCGUAAUGAUUAA